CUGUGACCGCGUUUGAGUUACAGUCAUCAGUCGAGAACCGGAGUUCGGUCUGAUUAGACCCACAGCACUCUGACAAAGUUUCUUGAACGGAAAAAUAGAAACACUUUCACCGCACGAGAUGCUGGGGGAAACGAUUCUCGUUUUCGCGGCGCUCAUUAUGUUUGUCAGUGCCACGGUAGUUGAUGACUGCGAUUCUAACAUCCCGAUCAAAGAUGCCGAUCAGAUCAGUAUAUCCGACUGCGAGAAGCCUGUGUGUCUACUAAAACAGGGAACGAUUGCCACUGUAGAAAUAAAACUUGUGCCUAACACAGAUAUUCAGAAAUUGACUAAUAACGUGACCGGGAUUGUUACUGAAAUACCUCUACCGUUCGUAGGAGUUGAUGGAACAAAUGCCUGUGAUAAUAUUUACAAUGCUGAUGGUAACAAAGUCGGUUGUCCCUUGAAAAAAGACCAACAAUAUGUAUACAGAAACAGUUUCCGUAUUCUGCCAAUAUAUCCCAGGAUUCAAUUAACCAUACGUUACGCAUUGCAAGAAGGAAGUGACAGAGUUGUGUGCUUCAAAGUACCAGCGAAAAUUACGAAAUAAAGUGCUACAUUUUGUUGAUUUCGGCAUAUUACGAUUAAAAGUCGUAGUGCGCAUAGUUAAUGUAACUCUAAGCUUAUAUAAUUUAAUUGGCUGAAAUUAUGUAGUACUAUGCAAAUAAUCCUUCCGAUACAGAAUAU